AUGCAGGCAGAUGGUAUCCCACCUAAACUUCUCAAUCUUAUCACAGCUUAUUACUGCUCAACAAGAUCCCGCGUAUGCGUGUAUGGUGAAGUAUCGGAGCCCUUCGAAAUAGGGUCUGGCGUUCGGCAAGGAUGUGUUCUUUCGCCAACUCUUUCCAAUUACUCCAUCGACUGGAUCACCACAAAUGCAUUAAGGGCGUUCCCCGGUAUCACUGUAGGUCACAACUUUUCCGUCAAGGAUCUAGACUACGCAGAUGACAUUGCGAUACUUGGCGAAACAUUUACUGACUUCCAGUUUGCUAUCAAUGAGCUCCAGCGUAUUGCAUCGCAGAUUGAUAUGAAAGUCAAUGCUUCGAAGACCAAAAUCCUCACAGCUGGCUUUGCCCCACCAGACAAAACACCCAUUGUCCUCAGUGGUGAUAUUCUUGAAGAGGUUGAAAGUUUCAAAUACCUUGGCGCCAUCAUUACAGCUACAGGUCAAGGUGAGGCUGACAUUAAAACACGAAUCGACCUCGCUCGCCAAGCCUUCAACCGACUCAGUGCACGACUCUGGUCAAGAUCUGAGAUCCGACGCACCACCAAAGUGGAAUUCAUUAUACAACAACUGCAGGAGAAGCUGACGGAAGAUCUGAACAUGGGAAAGUUGGAUUCGGUGAGAAAGAUGAGAAUCAGAUUUACCACCACGAAGCUGGAUCUGAAUCAGAACCUUCAGAACAACUCAUUGAAGCGGCACAAGGGAGGAAUAAAUUCUGACAGGCAAGAUCAGGUACAAUGGCUUGACGAAUUCAAAGAAACUCCCGAACAAGCUCAGACUCUCCGUUUUAUUGCCGGUUUUAUUGUGGACACUUCUCGAAAUAUGACAGCAAAUAGAUGUAGCAGUGUU